AUGUCGACCACCACCACCGCCACCACCACCACUUCUGCAAUAAGCGACGCCGAUAUCGUGCGUUUAGCCCAGCACCACGCCCAAAGCAGCUCACCCCUCCCCUCCUACCUGCUAUCCCCUGAGUCGCACCCCACCCUCCUCUCCUUCCUCCGCUCUCGCGCCUCUUCCUCCUCUCCUUCGCUCGCCGUCUCCGAGUACACUCUCUCACUCCUCUCCCUCAUCUCGCUCUCCCCCAAUAUUCCAUCACUCUCCUCCCUCCUCUCCUCUCUCCUCUCCUCCUACACCCACCUCUUCACCUCCCUUCUCAUCCCCCACGAUCCUAAUUCGCUCAGGACCCUCCAAUUCUUCUCCUCACUCCUCCACCACGUCGAUCCCACCUCUUGCGCCCACGUAAUUGACUCGAUUCUGUCAUAUUUGCCUCAAAUCAUUGAUUCUGAUGAUACCCAGAUCCUCGAUCUCCUUCCGAGGUGUCUAGAUUUAGUUCGUGGCUCAGAGGAGGAGACAGUGCGAGGUGGGGAUUACGUUCACCAGAUGUUUGAUCGAAUGCUUGACUGUAAUUGGUCGAAGGGGUUGUUGAUGAAGAUGGUCUCGCUCGUGAGGGAGUUUUCGUUUAUUGAUAAGGUGAGGAGGAGAGAGUUCUUGGACAAAGCGUUUGUGGGAAUGAAGCGCAUGGACUUGCAGGACCUGCCUUCACUUGUGUACCAGUUGUUGGUGUUGGCGUCCAAGGGGUUUAGCAAGAGGGAGGUGAUAAAAGGGAUUGUGGAGUUUUUUGGGUCGACAGUGGGGUCAAAGGUGAGCUCGAUAAUUAGGCAAGUGGAAGGGACCGUGUUGCUCCAUCUGAAUUUUGCGGUGAAGCAGGACCCGUCUUUGGGGCAGGAGGUAAUGGGGCUUUUGAAGUCAGAUUUCCGUGCCUUUAAUCAUUUCACGGUUGCUGUAUUGUUGUCGGUUGCGAGGGUUCGGAGGUUUGGUGAGAGUUCAAUGGGGAUUUUGAAGACUGUUGUGCUUACAGCCUAUCGAGAUUACAAGUUUGCCAAAGACUGUAAAUGGCUGUCAGAUGCUUUGAAGGAAGAAUAUCUGGAGAAUGUCGAAUUAGUAGAGAAGGCUGUGUUAAGAGCUGUCAAUGAAAGCAGCUAUGGAAGAGAGCAUAUUGUGCCUAGCAUUCUGAAGUUUGGUUUUGUGUUGCUUGAGUCAGUGGAAGAGGAAAGCAGUAAACAGCUGUGGAGUUCUAAUGGUCUGCUGGGCAUUGAGGACCUUGGUGUUCAGAUGCUGAAAACUUUAUUUGAGGUCCAUGAUAUGGCAAGAAAUGAGGUUAUUGAGCAAUGCAAAUUUCACAUACUCUCUUUGAAGCCUGAGCAGAGCAUGCCACUCAUAAGACUGCUUGGUGAUCUGAUUCGGACUUAUCUUUACCCCAUGUUGGAACAUGUUUCCCACCUGAAGGAAUUGUUGGAUUAUUUCACUUUCAUGCAUGGCAAAGUUGCUGCUUCUCUUGUUAAUACUCUAUUGCCUCUCGUCAAAUUCAGCCGCGAUCUUCAGGAUUACACUAUUUUGGUCAUGCGUAAGGCCAUGUUUAGGAGAGAAGAAACAGUUCGUAUUGCGGCAACUACGGGUGUUAUUGAUCUUAUUUUGGCAGAAAAGCAGUCUAAGAGAGAUGGCUCAUUUUCUUUUCAAGAGUCAUCUAGCCAAGCCAGCUGUAGCCAGCAAGCUGAGAUACCCUGUGGCUUGGUGCAAGGUCUCUUUGAAGAGCUGAGUGGUUUGCUGCAGAGAUGUCUUUAUCAGCAGGCAAAGGUCAAAGAAGUAAUGUAUCAUGGCCUUGUAAAGCUUGUUUUGAUGGAACCAUCGAGUGCAGGUGCUGUCUUUGAUUUUCUGCUGCCUCACUUCCUUUGUUUUUUCAGGGGGGAUGCAGAAGUUCAACUUGAAAUUACAAGUUGCGUUAAAGCAGAGAGUGGCAAAGUCUUAAUUGAAGAGCCUUUAGAUUGUCUCCUUUCUUGUGUCUCUUGGAUUCUACUUCUUCAGCCACAUGGCAAAACUGAUCGAGUUUCUGAUUCUUCAUGGGCAUGUUUGGGUUUCUCCCUUUCACAAGAGAAUGAGGUAGGAAGGAAUUUGUCUGGUGAGUCAUUCUCCAGUGCUUUCUUGAAGAUCCGGAAGUUUCUUAGAAAUCAAAACUUAGAAGGCAUUGUUGGUCAAGCUCUGGAUGCUGGCUCUGAACCUCUUGGAGAAGAGAAAAGGAAAUGCUUUUCUUCAAUAUUAUCAGGAAUAAUCGAAGUGGUGUUGAAUACCAUUGGUACUGAGUUGGAAAAAGGAACAGAAAUAAAGAAGGCGGAUCUUGAAAAGGAGAUCAUCGAGUUGGCUGACCUUCAUGAUUCAUUGGAUAAGGAUACAUGUAUAUCAAGACAGAGUACUGGCGUCAGAAGAGGGAAUUUACGAACCACUCCUCAUGAUACACCCAAUGUUAUGGAUUCAGGCCACCCAAAAUUGACUCAUGGACAAAUUCCAUAUUUGGCAUCUUCAAGUAUGUACUAUCUAUUGCAAACAACACUAAAACUAUGCAGUAUUGACUGUUCUAAGAGUGUUGGGGCUUCUCAGAAUCAUAGCCAGUCAUCCUUGGGCAACUCAUCAAAAUACUGCCCUAAGGUUAUAUCUUUGGUCUUGAAUGCCUGCCUUCGUCAUUUAAAGUCUUUUCCCGUUAUGAGAAAAGAUGAUCCAUUGAAGACUUUGAUCUAUGGGAACAUCAAAAUGCUUGGGCCCCAGUUGCUGAAAUUGAUUUUUUUGCUUAAGUCUGUGCCGAAGUUUGUGACAGAUCAAAAGAAAAAAGAAGCUAAGGGGAAAAAAGAUGUUGAGGAUCGGAGGGAGCAUCUCCAUCUAGCCUUAAUCUGCCUGAAGGAACUGAUAGUGGUUAGCUCAUGGAGCGCAAACCUGACUGGUUUGCUUGAAGACAUGGCGUCUGUUUACACUCUGGAGUGUCCUGUUUCAGAUGAUGAAUGUGAAGCAGCUGCUAGGAUUGAUGAUCAACAUAUAAGAAGCAAAGAAUUGUUUAUAACGAAAACCUUGAAACCAUUGUUCUCUGAGCUUCUUGCCCUCUCAUUUUUUGCUGAAGUUGAGAUUAUCUGUGAAAUGAUAUUGAUGGUUGGGGACAAACUGCCGUGCAAGUGGAGGAACAUUCAUGGAGCUUGGGCUGUUCGUGUCUGCAAAAGCAAUGGCAUAACGAACUCCAAAGUUGUGAAAAGCAUUGUUAUGCUUGCUAUCUCUUUAAGCUCGCCUCCGAACAAUUUGAUAUUAGCUCAAGAAAUGGCUGUGGAGCUGUUAAAAGUCACUGGAUCGGAGAUGGUUGACCCCAUAGAGAAGUCUGAAUCAUACCCCCUCAUAAACCAUUCAACAAGUGCUGCAAUAAGUUCUUGUAUACUGCAGUUGAUUGAAGCAAUGCUUGUUGAUAUGGAUUGGGCGACAAAAAAACUGAAGAAUUUGUCUUGGGUCAAUCAAACAAGCGCUCAUCUUAAUGAAAAUGGGGAAAAUUCUCCUGGAUUAGCAUUUGAGGAAAAUCUAUACUCAAUGGCUGAAGAGGUGAUGAAAGUAUUAUCAUUCUUUGUUCUGAUGACCAUCAAGGACACUCAAGCAGAGCACUUGCUCAAAUUGGCUGCAAGGUUUUACAAGCAUUUGGCUCAGAUGUCAAAGCUGAGAAUUGCUCCUAAAGGUUGGAAGCAGCUUUUCCCUAGCCUCAAAUUUCAGAAGCUUGUGGAACUAACUUGCAAGCAGCUCACGGUUCCUGUGUAUAACUUUGUGAUGCUGGUGCAAAAGAGACAACAAGAAAAUGCUAAUAGUAGUAAAGUGGUCAUCAAAAAAAUUAAGAGGGAGAACAGAUGCAUCCCUGAUCUGAUCUUUCAGAUAGAAGAUUGCGAGAAGUAUCUCAUCCAGCUUAGCAAGGCGAGCAAAGUGAAUCUAUUGAGGCAUGCAAAACGCAGCACUUCUCGGGAUUUCAAAAUUUUAGACCCCAAGAACAUGGCCGGGGAAGAAGAAGAAGAUGCUCCAAACCAUGGUGAUCCCACUGCAGUUGAAAAUGAGGAUUCUGAAGACAAUGAAGGAAAUGGGUCGGAGAAGAUAUUAUCACCUGAACUCGGUAGUCGUUUGGCUGCAGAGGAUUCAGGGUCUGAUGAUGGUGAAGAUGGAGAUGCUCUUCCCAGUGCCAAAAGGGUGAAGAGGGGUAGAGUAGUGCAGGAAUCUGACAAUGAAGAAGCAUAGGAAAAACUGAGGGGGGCUAAUAAUAUACGUCUUAUUCUUAUACAAGGAAUUCGAAAUAGUUGUAUACAAUGUACUUAGUGUUUGUAAUGAAGUGGAGAUAUGAAAGAAGUAGAAAGAAAAAAAUUGGUAUCCAAAUCCACAAAAUGUUAGCACCGGCCCGUGGAUAAGCUCGAACUGUCUAGAUUGGCGGUUGGAAAGCUUAAAAUUUAUUUGAAUAAACAAG